AAGGAGGGGCGGGGGCGGAGAGGUGUGAAUUGUGUCGGAUGAGGGACAGGAGAGGAACUGACAGCGUCUUUUGAGCCUAUUGCCAACUCACCAGGAGACAGCGGCCACGCCCAUCAGGACGGGGGCUCCUCCCCACCUGCGGUGCCAGCCUAGGUGCACGCUGGCCUCAGCCGCCCGGGCUCUCUGGCGCGUCUUACUGGGGUGCCGACAGAGGGCGCGCGAGGGGGCCCGGGGUCAGGCGGGGGACCCCACGGGAGGCGGGCUUGGGGGGAGGUCCCUGGAUCGCCCCUCCCGCCCCCUGCCCGCCCAGACGGCUUUCCUGGAGCUCCAGACACCUAGGCAAGAGCCCGCUACUCCCCUGCGCGCUUUCUGCUCGGAGCACCGCUCCUACCUGUAGAGUCCCGACGGGCGCUCCUUCCCAGGGCACCUACACCGUCUCCUCCUUCGGAAACCUCCCGCCCCAGCUACCCCGGUCUCGGACAGGCGGCGCCGGGACCCCAAGGCAGGGCGCCAAGCUUGAAGCAGGUGACAUGUAGACGUCCCCUGGUCCAGCCUCGGAACCCGAGCGCCCCUUCUGCCCGGAAAGUUUGAGGCUAGGCGCCAUGGCCAAGACCAGCUCCCUGAAUGUCCGCGUAGUGGAGGGCCGGGCGCUGCCCGCCAAGGACGUGUCUGGGAGCAGCGACCCCUACUGCCUGGUGAAAGUGGACGAUGAGGUGGUGGCCAGGACAGCGACUGUCUGGAAGAGCCUGGGCCCCUUCUGGGGGGAGGAGUACACUGUGCACCUGCCUCUGGAUUUCCACCAGCUGGCCUUCUAUGUACUGGAUGAGGACACCGUUGGGCAUGACGACAUCAUCGGCAAGAUCUUGCUGAGCAAGGAGGCCAUUACAGCAGACCCCCGAGAGAUAAGAUCUCACUCUGCUGGCCAGGGUGAUCUUGAACUCCUGGCCUCAAGCAAUCUUCCUGCCUCAGCCUUACAAGGUGCUGAGAUUACAGGGAUUGACAGCUGGAUCAACCUGAGCCGAGUGGAUCCAGAUGCAGAAGUGCAGGGUGAGAUUUGCCUGUCGGUACAGAUACUGGAGGAUGGGCGGGGCCGCUGCCUUCGCUGCCAUGUGCUUCAGGCCAGGGACCUGGCUCCCAGAGACAUCUCUGGCACAUCUGACCCAUUUGCACGUGUGUUUUGGGGCAGCCAGAGCUUGGAGACCUCAACCAUCAAGAAAACUCGCUUCCCGCACUGGGAUGAAGUGCUGGAGCUGCGGGAGAUGCCAGGUGCCCCGUCCCCACUUCGGGUGGAGCUCUGGGACUGGGACAUGGUGGGCAAGAACGACUUCUUGGGCAUGGUGGAGUUCUCUCCGAAGACCCUCCAGCAGAAGCCGCCCAAUGGCUGGUUCCGCCUCCUGCCCUUUCCCAGAGCAGAGGAGGAUUCUGGGGGGAGCCUGGGUGCCCUGCGCCUGAAGGUGCGCCUGAUCGAGGACUGCGUCCUGCCCUCCCAGUGUUACCAGCCUCUCGUGGAGCUGCUCAUGGAGUCUGUGCUGGGGCCAGCAGAGGAGGACACUGCUAGCCCCCUGGCUUUGCUGGAAGAGCUGACCUUCGGGGACUGCCGCCAGGACCUUGCCACCAAGCUGGUGAAACUCUUUCUUGGCCGGGGACUGGCUGGACGCUUUCUGGACUAUCUCACCCGGCGUGAGGUGGCUCGGACCAUGGAUCCCAACACCCUCUUCCGUUCUAACUCCCUGGCAUCCAAGUCGAUGGAACAGUUUAUGAAGCUCGUGGGCAUGCCCUAUCUGCAUGAGGUCCUGAAGCCUGUGAUUAGCCGUGUCUUUGAGGAGAAGAAGUACAUGGAGCUGGAUCCCUCCAAGAUGGACCUGGGCCGCACCCGGAGGAUCUCCUUCAAAGGCGCACCCUCGGAGGAGCAGAUGCGGGAGACCAGCCUGGGGCUGCUGACGGGCUACCUGGGGCCCAUCGUGGACGCCAUCAUGGGCUCGGUGGGGCGCUGCCCGCCUGCCAUGCGCCUCGCCUUCAAGCAACUGCACCGGCGCGUGGAGGAGCGCUUCCCCCAGGCGGAGCACCAGCAGGACGUGAAGUACCUGGCCAUCAGUGGUUUUCUCUUCUUGCGAUUCUUUGCACCCGCCAUCCUUACCCCGAAGCUGUUUGACCUGCGGGACCAACACGCAGACCCCCAAACGAGCCGCUCACUGCUGCUGCUUGCCAAGGCUGUGCAGAGCAUCGGAAACCUGGGCCAGCAGCUGGGCCAGGGCAAGGAACUGUGGAUGGCCCCCCUGCACCCCUUCCUGCUGCAGAGCGUCUCACGGGUCAGAGACUUCCUGGACCGGCUGGUGGAUGUGGAUGGGGAUGAGGGGGCUGCUGUCCCAGCCAGGGCCCUGGUACCACCCUCAGCGAUUGUUCGAGAAGGCUAUCUGCUGAAGCGAAAGGAUGAGCCCGCCAGCCUGGCCACACGCUUCGCCUUCAAGAAGCGCUACGUCUGGCUCAGUGGGGAGACCCUCUCCUUCUCCAAGAGUCCUGAGUGGCAGACGCGCCACUCCAUCCCAGUGUCGCACAUCCGCGCCGUGGAGCGCGUGGACGAGGGCGCCUUCCAACUGCCCCACGUGAUGCAGGUGGUGACGCAGGACGGCGCGGGGGCGCUGCACACCACCUACCUCCAGUGCAAGAAUGUGAACGACCUCAACCAGUGGCUCUCGGCCUUGCGCAAGGCCAGCGCCCCUAACCCGGACAAGCUGGCCGCCUGCCAUCCCGGUGCCUUCCGCAGCGCGCGCUGGACCUGCUGCCUCCAGGCUGAGCGCUCAGCCGCUGGCUGCAGCCGUACACACUCGGCCGUCACCCUAGGGGACUGGAGUGACCCCCUGAACCCUGAUGCUGAGGCCCAGACGGUGUAUCGGCAGCUGCUCCUCGGGCGGGACCAGCUCAGAUAGAGUCUCACUCUGUUGCCCAGGCUGGAGUGCAGUGGCAUGAUCUCAGCUCACUGCAAACUCCUUCUCCUGGAUUCAAGCGAUUCUCCUGGUUCAGCCUCCCGAGUAGCUGGGAUUACAGGUGCGCGCCACCACCCUUGGCUAGUUUUUGUAUUUUUAAUAAAGACAGGGUUUCACCAUGUUGGCCAGGCUAGUCUCACACUCCUGACCUCAAGUGAUCCACCAGCCUCACCCUCGCCCUCCCAAAGUAUGGGGAUUACAGGCAUGAGCCACUGCACCUGGCCAGGCUAUGUGAUCUUAAACAAGUUGCUUCACUUUUCUGUACAUCAGUUUCCUCAUUUGGAAAAGGGGGAUAAUAAUGGUAGGGACCUUGUGGGUUGUCCUGAGGAUCAAAAGAGCUACUACAGUUAGAGCACUUUGUAGGCGUCUGGGCAAAUAGCUUUCAAUAAAUAGUAAUGAUGAUGACGAUGAUGCUGUGUGACCUUAGGCAAAUUACUUAACCUCUCUGUGUCUCAGUAAUCAUCUGUAUAAUGGAGCUAAUAGUAAAUACCUACCUCAUAUAAGUUUGUCAUGAUAAUUAAAUGAGUUAAUACAUGUAAAAGGUUUAGAAUAGCAUCCGGCACUCUAGAAAUGUUUGCUGUAUAGAUGAUGAUGAUGAUGGCAGAUGGUGAUGGUGAUGAUUCAACAAAACUAAUUUCUCAGAGAAUCUCGGGUAGGAAGCAGGAUCGGGAAUCAGGGACAAGACUC